AUGUCAAAUUCAACAAGAUGUGCAGCUUGCAAAUCUUUAAGAAGGAGAUGCGCUGAAGAUUGUGUAUUAGCUCCAUAUUUUCCUUCCACCAAUCCUCAAAGAUUUUCUUCUGUUCAUAAAAUCUUUGGUGCUAGUAAUAUUACUAAAAUGUUACAGAGGCUUCCAGUGAGUCAACGGUCAGAAGCAGCCGAUUGUAUGUCUCUAGAGGCCACAUGGAGAGUACAAGAUCCAGUUUAUGGAUGUGUAGGGAUUAUCUCACAGCUGCAGCAGCAAAUACUCAUGGUUCAGAGUGAACUAGCUAAAACACAAGGUGAAAUUGCAUUCCAUAAUGCUCAACAGCAGCAACAACAAACACAAUUACCGCAAGAACCGAUAGUAGGUGGAACUCAAUCGCUAUUCCAAUUUGGCCAACCAUCAUCGUCAUCCACAAAUAUCAAUGUCAAUCAAGAAGACAUGAUUAGCAGCAACUUGGAUCAACAACCAUUUCUUGAUUUUCUUAAUCAACAGAGGCUACUUUUCCCUUCUAGUACCCAUAUUUGCGGGCACCAUUUUUUAUUAUUCGUCGAUUAUGUUCUGCUUUUUCUUUUGAAGCAUUUAUUUUUUAUUUUUUUUUUUAUUUUGACACGAUAGGCAGGGUUAAGGAGACCCCAACCUUACAAA